UGAUUUGUAGAAGCUUCAUGUUCUUCUUGAGCAUGCAUGUGUUGGUUCAUGUUUGUGCAAAGUCUCAAGAACAUGCUGUUAUCUUCACCAAUGGUCUUGGACAAUAUCAAAACCAGUUCAACUGCAAUGUUUGUGCUGUUAGUUGUUGUUUGAUGAAUUCAUGGAGGUAAAUUUCCGCGUGCAACAUCUCACAUUUCUGUGGUCCAGACGGCUUCUUUUCUCUCUGUAAGUCAAGUAACAAACUCCAGUAUGUUCUAUAAACACCUGUGAUGUUUGCUACUUGAGAUUUAGGUCCUUAUGUUAUGCCUCUGCUCUGUCGUUGCCUAUUGUCGGAUACCAGCUUAAGAUUAUCCAAAGAUGAUCAUGCCCGGUUGUAAUAUGACAGAUAUUUCUAGCAGCUUCUUGUUUUUCUGGCAUUCGUUUUCGGUGGUCCACAGUUGUGCAAGGUCUGUAUAUUCUAGACGAGGACAUGCCUUUCUGUUCAGAAAUGUUGUUGUGCAUAUCCAGAUUAGCUGAGUAACAGGUGUGCUGUAAGAUUAUCUGUCAAUGACUUCCCAGGUCAAACAAGCUUCUGUCUACGUGAUAACUCACGGUCCACGGUUCAGAAGGCACUCUGAUUCUCCGGUAAGUCAAGCCAACUUAAUUUUCAUUAUCUGAAAACCUAGAAGACGUUCCUGCCAUAUGGAUAUUUGGGAACUUUUCUGAGACAGAAGAUCAGCUGAUGAAUCCUAGAGGGCAAGUGAUAGAAGAUGAUAUGGCCUGAUUUAGCAAUCCUGGAGAUAGUCUCUGCUCGAGUUAUGCAAGCUAGUGAUUCUCAGUGGAGCAUUUGGUAGGUUAUUUCUUCUUUUGCUCAUAUUAAUGUACCCUAUGACAUUUCUUUUUCAGGUUUUGAUCUCAGAGUUCAGUCAAAGGAGAGGAGCAAGGAUGGGUUUUGGCUUAUCUAAAAUCAAUGCUUCAGGGAAAGUCGAUUCCAAGUCUUUGAGUGAACAAGAUUCACUUAGUAACAACCAUGAUGAUAGAAGAACGUCUUUAUCCAUCGGAAGCCAUGAUCGGGCUAAGAAGGCUUAACACUGAACCACAUACAAUGCCUUGCCUUGCCGACCUCCAGCGCGCGAGGCCGCAGAUAUCAGAUUUCGCAAAAGGUCGUAGUCCUGUCUUCUAUUUCCCCACAGGUAAGUUGUGUAAUUUCACAUGCUUCUUUUGUGAUAGUCUUUGUCACCUAUCAUCAGUUCAUUAGCGUCUUAAAAGCAUGAAUGGGAACAUCAUUCCUGUUUUUGCGUCUAGAUAACGAUGGAAACACAUUCCUGAUGCUGCUUUUGUGCGCAACCUGCGUUCUUGAUCAGAUGUUGGGGACAACGGAUUGGGUUUCUUUCACCAUUUUUCCGGAAUGCAAAUCUUUGAUAAUUUGACUGAAAGUUUUGUCAGAAUAUUUAUGAGUUUUCCGUUUCAAAAAUAACUUCGUAUUCUACACUAUUUUCCUACUCACAUACAUGUUAUGAAAAGCUUAACCAUCCUCUUUGUUGUCAUCUAUUACGAUCAACAGCUAUACUUCAGCUUUGUGAUCAUGAUCUGUGCUGAAUCAAACCACCAGCGGAUUUCAUUCUCCAGCGAUCUCGGGCAAUCCGAAAUCACACCCGUGGAACCGUCAACCCCUGUCCGGCGUGACACAUCUCUUUUGGAUUCAUCAAACUCCGACUUCGAGUUCCACAUUUCCAGAAACUUGGAUCAAGAAUCUUCUCCAGCGGAUGAAAUCUUCGCCAAUGGCAUGAUCCUCCCUAUUCCGUUCCAAGUAACCGCAGCCGCCACAGUCCCGAAACGUCUCUACAAGUAUGAACUCCCACCCAUUAUCUCCGCCCGCUCCCAUGCCCCAUGUCCUCCACCGCCACCGUUACCCGAAAACCCGAGAAAAUUUGGGGAGAAGGAAAUGAUGGGCGGCAAUGGCAGCGGUGAAAACUGGGAUUCAGAGGCAGAGAAGUCGGCAAAGUCAUUCUGGAGCUUCAAGAGAAGUGCGAGCCUCAACUGCGACAUAAAAAGAAGCUUGAUCUGCUCGUUUCCACGGCUCACGAGAAGCAACUCAACAGGGUCGGUGACUAAUUCCAAAAGGGCGAUGCUUAGGGACGUCAACAAGCACAGCUCGCAGAGGCACGGGAUCUCGGGUCAAGGGGCAAAUCCGUCAUCUCCUCAAGUACCUUCUUCUCCUUCCUCUCUUUGUUGCAGUGCUUACCAAUUCAGACCUCAUAAGCUUGCGGGGAAGAAGGGAGGAAACGGCGGUGGAGGAAGCUUUCGGGUAAGUCCAGUGAUCGGUGUUCCAUCUCCGUUCGGGUUAGGAUCCAUUCUACGCCAUUCAAGAGAUCAGAAGAAGAAGAAGAAGAACUAAGGGAUGGGUGGCAUUUCUGGUUAUAUUAGGAUUCCGUUUUUCGGUUUUAGAAAAACUAUUUUCAUUCGGUUUUUAUAUAAAGAUUUUUCGCAUUUUAGAUUCUCAUUUGGUUUUUAUAUCAGAUUUUAUUUUAGAUAUGGAUAUGUGUUGUUGGGUUUGAUUUUGGUUAACCUAACCGAAAUGUCUACCUAACCAAAAUGUAGGAUUUGGCUUUACAUGGAGACGACCCUUUUCAUGGAUCAUACAAACACUUGGUUUUGUUUA